GGAGAGAAACAGAGAGAGAUAAUGACAGGGAGGCAGAGGGAGGCUUUGAGACAGCGCUCGAACAGACAGUGAGCAGAGAGAAUGGGGCUUUGGUGGAUCUAGAGAUAGAAGAUAGGCUGAGGGGAAGACAGUCAGAGGAAAAGUCAGUCAGACAGCACAGAGAAUCAUCUUUGAGACAGUGGGAAUGGCACUUUAAGUGAAAGAGAAAGUCGACCAGACGGAGUACAUCAGAGUGCUCUCCUUCCAUCUCUAACUACUCCUCUCCUGUCCCGACUGCUGCUGCUGCUGCUGCUGCUGCUGGUGUGUUAGUGUGUGCCAAGGCUCCAUGGUGUGUUUUAACCAGAGGACUGGCUUACACAGGUCAGAACUGUCUGGGAUAACACUGAGCGCUUUUCUCUGCAUUUGUGCAUGUGCGAGAGACUGUUAGCAAGGGGGGAAAGUCGUGUGCUGGUUUCUCCAGAUGCCUCUCUCAGCGGCAGAGUCUGCAGUGAAUAUCUGAAACCCCAUCAUCCUCUUCUUCCGCGGCCAACAUGUCCCAGCUGCUCCAUGUGGAGAUCCCGAACUUUGGAGCCACAGUUCUGGGCUCCCUUAAUGAGCAGCGCCUGCUGGGACAUUACUGCGAUGUCUCCAUCCUGGUCAAAGGUCAGGCUUUCAAAGCCCACCGGGCCGUUUUGGCUGCCAGCAGCCUCUACUUUCGUGACCUCUUCAGCAGCUCCACCAAGAGCCAGUUCGAGUUGCCCUCCUCAGUCACACCUGCUUGCUUCGAGCAGAUCCUCACUUUCUGCUACACAGGGAAGCUAACCAUGGCAGCUAGUGAACAGCUGGUGGUCAUGUACACAGCUGGCUACCUCCAAAUUCAGCAUAUAGUCGAAAGAGGCAUGGACCUAAUGUUCAAGGCGAACUCACCUCACUGUGACUCGCAGACCGCGGGGUCUUUAGAGGAAACAGGAUCCGAACCACAGAGUCCUUGUAAUAAUGGUAACGGCCUAGCGGUGGCUGCCCUUUUGGGAACCCAGGGCUGGUCUUCAUCCAUACUCAUGCCGCAACGUAAGAUUAAACUAGAAGGGGGGGAGCCAACGCCCCUGACAGUACCCUCAACGCAAAGCAAGAUUUCGUCCUCGGAGCUGGGGAACCGGCUGAGGGCUAGUUCGCUGUUCUACACGACAGCUGGUGGGACUCCCAUCCCUGGUAUGCCUCCUUUCCACCUCCAAGGGGCCGGUGGGGGUGGAACAGGAGGAGGAGGAGCUGAAAGGUCCAGUCCUGGCGCGUCCAGCCUGCCAACCACUGACAGCCCUACAUCCUACCAGAAUGAGGAUGAGGAGUUCGAGGAAGAGCCCUACGAUGGGAUCACAGAGGAUGCCUACAGUCAUCUCUAUGGACGUUCAGCUAACCCCUACGGGAUCCAGGACAAGCCAGAGAUGGCAGCGAUGCCCUUGGCCUUGGAGAGCCGCAACUGUGUGCUGAUCCGCAGGGACCUGGUGGCGCUGCCUGCAAGCCUCAUCAGCCAGAUAGGCUACCGCUGCCACCCUAAGCUCUACACUGAGGGGGACCCUGGGGAGAAGCUGGAAUUAGUAGCUGGUACACAGGUGUUCAUGACUCGAGGACAGCUGAUGAACUGUCAUCUAUGUGCCGGUAUCAAACACAAAGUCUUGCUUCGCCGUCUGCUAGCCACGUUCUUUGAUAGAAACACUUUAGCCAAUAGCUGUGGGACAGGCAUCCGUUCGUCUACUAGUGACCCCAGUAGGAAACCCCUGGACAGCAGGGUCCUCAACGCUGUCAAACUCUACUGUCAAAAUUUCAACCCUAAUUUCAAGGAGAGUGAAAUGAAUGUGAUUGCUGCUGACAUGUGCACAAAUGCGAGGCGUGUCCGCAAGCGAUGGUUGCCCAAGAUCAAGUCCAUGCUGCCUGAUGGCAUGGAGGUGUACCGUGCAGGAAUGGGCAUGGGUGCUGCUGUGGGUCUUGGCCUAGCCCUGGGCGCCCCUCAACCGGGGGUGCCUCUCCCAUUUGAGCCCGACUUCAAAGCCCUAGAGCAAAGGUUGUACCCAGACCGCAAAGACCCUCUCAGGACUCACCCACCGCUGACAGAGGGCAGCCCCGGGUCUGGGGCAGCUGGAGCAGAGGCUGAAGGUGAAGGUGAAGGAGUUGUCCCGGAGGAACAGGAGGAAGAUGAGGAUGAAGCUGCGUUAGAGGGUGUAGACGGAUCAUUGGGGGCGCCAACCUUGAUCCCAGGAGCCGAGGCGGGCAAUUGUGGCGACACGCCGCCUGAGCAGGAGGUGGAAAGUUUUGGACAAGGUCUGAGGGUGAACGGACAGUGAAUGUCCCUCUGGGCUGCCUCUCACAUUGUGAAAUCUGUUUAACACCGCAUUUUCUUUUGCUUGCUCUCUUACUCUAACAUCUCAACCACCACUCUUUCUUCUCCUCUGUGCUUCCUCAACGGGAAUUAUUCGGCACAAAAAGCUGCGCUCGUAGAUCCUGCUAUACAGUAAUUUCUCACACAUGCAUGCGCACGCGUGUGCUCGUGUACACGUAAUACUUACUGAUAGUGGAAGUAGAUCACUCAUAGAAGUAGACACAGGCAUGGCAUUAGCACAUUAAGAAUCAACCUUUUCUGCUCCACCCUUUUCUUAGUAUAUUCCGUAUUUACUCAGUAUUUCGGCACCCGCAGCAAUAUUACAAAGGCCUGGUAGCAGAGCAAAAGGCUGGAAUGAUUUAUCAUUUCGGUGCAACACAAAAGAAACAGCUGCUUCGCUGGCAGUUUAUGGAGUGCGGUUUAAUGGUUUGUAAAAUGAUUCCGUUUUCUUGGAAUGCCACAUCUGAAAAUAACCCGCGUAACCUUGGGAAAAACAGAUAAGAGAAACAAGGCUCUCUUAAAAAGCAGCUUAUUUUUUUAUAUGAUCAAUAUGUACAAAUAUAUAACAAAGACUGUAUUAUAAUUAGAGGUCAAGCAGUGCAUUGCCGCCAUUAAACCCAACAGUUUUCCUUUUUGUCAAAACAUCAUGUCAUUUUAGGAUAAAGACGAGGGAAAGUUUUUCUGUGAAAGCUGAAAAACUUCCCCGCAGUCAAAGGAAUAAUCUAUCACAUGGAGUUGUGUUUUCAUGCACAUUCGCCCAUGACGUAUUGGAUUAGACUGUCAAUGUGAUGCCUGUGUCUGCUCCAGACCGCCCACCCCUCCCCAACCACACGCACAGAUCCACACACACAAACGUGCGCAUAUCUCUCACCUUAUGAUAUUUAAUAUCUGCACCGAUUACAUUCAAAACACACUGUCCCCAAAAAAAAAAAAAAUGUAACAACACUUUUUAACUUUGAGAAAUCCUUUUUUGAUUCCAUCAUUGUGUCUUGGAGAUACAGAGAGAGACAUGAACAAGAACAUGCACUAAAACCCAAGCUUGCAUGCAUGAAUACAAACAAUGGAAGCAGAGAAUUAUUGAAAACAACAACAAAGCCACAAACUUGCAUUUAAAUAAGAAAACAGCUACUGUUGCCUCGAGAUAUGCCAUUAAAGGACUUUUUUCUUUUUUUUAUCUCUCACUGGGAUCUGACCUCAGUCUGACACAUGUUAGAACUGACCUGGGCGUGACCCAGGAUCGACUGUGUUUGACAGAGCACAGAUUGGAUUUUUCUUUUUUUUUUUUUUUCUUUUUUAACUACGGAGCGUGCUGUCAUCACAGGUAGAGGAGACUGAAUAUAUGGAGUAGUAAGAGGAAGUGCACUACACUGAGUGGUAGAAGAGAGAAGCACUGUUUCACCUUGAUGUGGUGGUGUGAUUGGCACCGAGACUACACAGUCCUGCUUCCAUCCUGUUUUUCUUUUUCCCUGGGGUGGGGGUGGGGGGGUCGGGGGGGUAAAUUAUUGAAUUAAACUUAUAAGAGCAAUUUCUGCUGGCUUACUGCAUUUGCACUCAAGGAAGGGUUAAAGGGUGGAAAUCUAAGGAGCAAAAUGUGACUGUACUAGAGACUCUAAAUGUCCUCCACAUCACCCUGAUUGUUUGAUGAGGGGGGAUUGUGGGUUUGGAAAGAGAAAAACUGGUCUUUCUGAAGAUUACUGUUCUGUUUCUAUGUUUUGAAAAGGGGGGGCGGAGUGAGGCAAUGUCGAGCAGGGACAUAAACCUGUAUUUGUCAUGCUCGUUUUCUUUUCUUAUUUGAUAUCUGUUUUCAUGCUUUCUGCCACGCAGUCCUAACAGCCUUCCUUUGUUGUUUUGUGCAUUGAUUUUAAGAGAUACACUGUCGUAUGUUCAUUUUUUUUUCUCUUUUCUGUGUCAAAGCAAAACUAAUCACAAGGUCAGACCAUCAGAUUUAAGGAAUUUAUGAACCUGGACGUUUUCCCACUGCAAAAAUUUACAGCGUAACAACCAAGCAAAAAAAAUACACAGUAAAUGCCCCUGAUAUAUUUGAAAUGUUUUAAGCUCCAGUACUGUGCCACCUCAAAGGUUGUGUUUACGUAUCUUGUUUCGGAUCCUUUAGGAGAAGCUUUAAGAUGGCCCUGCACAAGAAACACAGGGUUUUUGCACUAGGUGAUGAUAAUUAUAAUAAUAAUAAUGACGUUUACAGUGUCUUUUGUUUCCUUUUGGAAGAAAUGUGAUCCGCCAUAAAUAGAACAGGGCACAUUGAUAGCAUGGCUGAGAUGAUGAAUGAAUGUAAACCGUAGCACUGCUUUGGCGAGGGGUCCAAGCCUUGAUUGAAUAGGUCAAAUAAUCUUUUAUAUAUAUAUAUAUAUAUAUGAAACAUGGGCCAUAAUAUAACUAAUUUGACUGUGAGGUUGGGUGAUAUUCAAACCUAAAGCUUUAGUGAUUUUUGUAACUGAGUGUGAACAGGUCUUCCAAUGUGGCACCAGGGAGCAUCUCCCAGAUGUAUAGAGAAGUGCAGGCUUUUAUAACUUUGUUUAUUCAAGGUUUAUCCCAACAAACUCCUAAUUUUUCCUAUAUUUUCACAGUUAUAUGUGUUUAUGUUGACGUGUUCACAAAGCUGAGAGAUCCUGAAACUUUUUGUAUAAAUGUCAAGACUUGGCAAAUUAUUUCUAUUCUUCGUUUUUAAAUUAUAAAGCCUCAGUUCCUAAAGUUGCUCUUGUAUGAAUAAAGACUUGUUUGUCGGAGCCACUACCGUAAUUGCUUGACUUUUGAAAGGAUCACCUGUGCUUCUGAUGUUGUCAAGGUAACAGUCUUCCCAAAAUAUAUAUCAUUUUGGAAUUAAGCCAAAUUCACAGUUAUUACCCUAGAUAGCAAAAUAGCUCGUAACUUAAUCAGCCUGUCACCUAAAAGUGUGAAACCUGUGUAAUCCACUGUUAAAGUGCAGUAAGUGUGAUACUUUUAUUCUGUUCUUCUCUUCUUUGGUUACGUUUCCAAACAGACCACUACUUUAACUCACAGGAAUUUGGAAUGAAUUCUUAUAGCAGUAAAUAAUAUAGGGUGGGAAGCGUUGAUAUAUCACACUGUAGUGAUAAAGGGGUGUGGAGCAGUGCCUUAGACUGUGACUGUAUGGGUGUGGAUGUUGUCAUGUGAACCUUUAUGUUCAGAGACAAGACAAAGUAACCAACAGAUUUUCUCCUUUGCUAAAAUUGGCCUUCAAGAACCUUUAAUAAUGUAUAAGUAUUUAUUCACUCAUCAUCUGUUUGCCAUCAUCUCAUUCUUAACGAGAUUGUGUGCACCAGCCCAAAUUUAUCGCACAUAGAUGCUCGCACUAUUUGUACAAUUGACAGACUUCCCAAAAAAGUAUAGAAAACAUAUCUAUCGUAUUCCCCUGUUCACAUUAAAGCUGGGGCUUUUCAGAGACUCCUCGUAGGAAUAGUCUUCCUCGCGAAACAAUCCCACAUACAUAAACAUUUGACAUUUAUUUCCCUCGGUGCAUUCACAUUUCAGCGUGUUCACUGUUUGUCUGCCUUACCACGAAAGAUGUCUGAAUCUGUCCCGGCCAACAAAACCCCCCCCCUUUUUUUUUUUUUUUUUAAGGAAAAAAUUUAUCUCCUGCUUCGGGUCUGUUAUUUUUCUUGUGCAGGGUGAAUUUGAACACGAACGAUGUUGCACUAUAAGCUGAGAAAUUCUCAGAGAAUGUCACGGCUAACCCUUGGGACAAUGAGCUGUUUGAGGUGGCUGAAAGGGAAAAAAAAAGUCCUGUAAAAUGUAUGUACUGUUGUGUUUUUUUAUAUAUAUCUUUGAUUGAAACCAGUGUCUCCUUCACAGCAAACUCUGUAGUUAGGAUUUUUUUUUUACUUUCAUAAAAAUGACAGAAAUUUGUCUUUUGGAAUAUCUUCCAUUCACCUGGACAAGAAAAGAGCUAGGACGGGAUUGUUGGUUGAAAAGAACCUGUUUUUGCAAAUAUUUCUUUGCAAAUAAAUUGCUUCUUACUUUCUACAAACCCCACACAGUGCUCUGUUCAUCCCCCCGUUACUGUAAAACCGAUGGGCGCAGUCAUUUUUGUUCUAUCAAGUGGUUUAUCCUGAAAACAAUACAUUUAUAUGCAAAGAGACACUUGUAUCAUAAAAUGCAUGCCAUUCAGACACUCACUCUAACCCAAUGAAACCUCUGAUCUUUAUGCACCAUGUAUUUUAUGCUGAAUAACUGUUGUCACUAUUAGCAAACAAAGACUGUGGAGUCUUGCAAUGAGUAGGGUUGUAUUUUUAUCACACACCCUGGCCUUUUAUUGAAUGUUUGUGUCGAGUUUAAUCUAUUAUAAUAAUGACAGCAAAGUAGUAGUGAUAAAGAGUGGGAUACACAGUGUAACUACCCAGCUGAGUGUGCAUUUAAACCUUUGGCAGACUCAGACAAAUGCACUAAAGUUUGUAUGUGUAUGUAUGUGUCCUUGAACAUAAUGCCAGCACUUUAGAACUACUUAGAAAAAUGAAUGAACAAGAGUUUCAGAAGGGUUCGGUGAACGAGGAGAAAACUUUUAAAGCCAUGCGUUCAGAGCGCUGACAAUCAGAAUAGGGAUGAGACCCAAAGUGCAUUAUGGGAGAUCUGACAUGACUUGCUGUGAUCUUGCUGUUUGCUUUGUCUUUCUCCAGCUUGCUUUGGUCUGUGCUAGCUUACUUUCCAGAGUGGAGGGACAUAGUGAUGUGAACUCCAGCCUUCUUGGUUAUAAGUGUGUGUCUCUGCAACAAGGACUGACUGAUAUUUGACUGAUACCUUGGUGCUUCGUGAACAGAGCUGUCCCAUGUUGACAUGGACCAUAUCUGUAAUGCUCUGGUAAGCGUGACUUGGUCCUAAGUCUGGGCUUACUGGUAACCUCUCUCAAUGGACAAGAGUCCGUACAACAAAAGAGGAUCUUAUCAUGCAACCCUACACUUUGAUCAUGGUAACGUUCUUCACUAUCAACAGGGCUUGGACCAGGCAAACUGGGAUGGGAUUUCAGUGUUGAUACUGCUUUAUGUUUCAAAUGAAAAAAAAAAUGUUAAAAUGUUUAUGCGCCUUCUGACUCAAGCAUCAAUAAUAUAUACAACAGAAAUGCAAGUUGCCACUUUUGAUGUUGCAUAAGAAUCUACCUUUCAUUCCCAUCAUGGUAUUUGCCAUCACCAGUUUCAGUUGUGUAGUCCAAGAGUACCUGAUUUCUUUAAAUGCAAUACAGAAAAAAAUCUGCUUUCUAAUAAAAGUCCUUACUUCACCAUA